GCAUUGUAGGCUACGACUUGGUAGAGAAGAGAAAUUUCCGCUUCCUGCACUGAUAAACAUCCACGAUCCAAGUUGAGGCAGAAAGGGGAUCCGUUCAGUUCAAUCAGAAAUAAAGGACAUUGACGGAAAUAUUGUUAGACCAUCAGUGCACUAUCGAGAGAAUAUGCUACUACUUAUUGUACAGACUCAAUGAAACGGGUUCACUUUCGAUUGCGCACCCAAACAGAACAGUGUACGCAAUUACGGCGUGUAGGUUCUCAAGCUACAGUCAGUUGCAGUUGAACAUAGGAGAGAGUAGUACUAGACUACUCACACCGCUUUGCGUUUGAACCGUUUUUCUAGCAACCCAGACCUCCAGGAUGUCGGAGCGCGGGGGGCUCCAGCGGACUGGAGGUGUUCCCUCCCCGCACAUGCAGCCCUCCAAACCGGUCACGAUCAGCUCGAACCGCCCGGUGCACAUGAACCUUUACGCUACCUGGGAAGUGGAUCGCUCCUCGCCAAGCUGCGUACCGAGGCUCUUUAACCUGACCCUCAAGAAGCUGAUCAUGCUGAAGGAGCUGGAUAAAGAUCUGACGUCUGUGGUCAUAGCUGUCAAACUGCAGGGUUCCAAGCGAAUCCUGCGCUCCAAUGAGAUCCUGCUGUCCUCUGCAGGCCUCACAGAGACAGACCUACAGCUUACCUUCUCCCUGCAGUACCCUCACUUCCUGAAGAGAGAUGCCAACAAGCUCCAGAUCAUGCUGCAGCGUCGGAAGCGCUACAAGAACCGCACCAUCCUGGGGUACAAGACCCUGGCCCUGGGCCUCAUCAACAUGGCUGAGGUGAUGCAGCACCCCAGUGAGGGGGCCCAGGUUUUGGGGCUCCACAGCCAGCUGAAGGACGCCCCUGUGCCCGUGGCCGAGGUCCGGGUCUACUCCCUCUCCAGCCAGCCCAUCGACCACGAGGGCCCCAAGGUCAAGAUGUCUGAUCGUUCUCCAGACAUUGAUAACUAUUCCGAAGAGGAGGAGGAGAGCUACUCGUCAGAACAAGAGGGUAGCGACGACCCCAUUCACGGACAGUAUCUGGAUGAUGAGGAAGAUGAGGUGAGGAAGAAAAAGCCUCGAAGGAAGCUUCAGUCCAGUGCCUCCAUCACCAGGCAACCCAACAUCAAGCAGAAGUUUGUGGCGCUGCUCAAGAGGUUUAAAGUCUCUGACGAGGUGGGCUUCGGGCUGGAGCACGUCUCCAGGGAGCAGAUCCAGGAGGUGGAGGAGGACCUGGACGAGCUGUACGACAGCCUGGAGAUGUACAACCCCAGCGACAGCGGCCCGGAGAUGGAGGAGAAUGACAGCAUCCGGAGCACGCCCAAGCCCAAGCUCAGGUAGGAGCACGCACGCAUA